CUUUGAAGCGCACGCGCAGUGGCUCCUGGUCCCUCUUUCUCUGGGGCUUAGACGUCUUGGCUGGUCGUUGGGCUCUGGGUCCAGGCGGGGCUAAAGGGGAGGGGUUUGGGCUGAGCCCACCCCACCCCCCUUGGGGAGGAGGUGAUGUCAGCCGAAGCCACGGCAGACCCGGUUCCGUCCCCGGAGGCCUGUGCUCCGCUAGUCCCAACCCAGCAGCGACGGGAUGGCGGGGGCGGGGUGGCGGGGGCGACCUUUGACCUCAAACCUCUGAACCCCAGCAGCAAGUAUGUGAAGCUGAACGUGGGGGGGUCCCUCCACUACACCACGGUGCAGACCCUCACCAAGCAAGACACCAUGCUCAAGGCCAUGUUCAGUGGCAGGAUGGAAGUGCUGACAGAUAGCGAAGGCUGGAUCUUGAUUGAUAGAAGCGGGCGCCAUUUUGGAACCAUCCUGAAUUACUUGCGAGACGGUUCUGUUUCCCUCCCCGAGUCCCAGCGGGAGCUGGAAGAGGUGCUGUCUGAGGCCCGGUACUACCUGAUUCAAGGCUUAGUGGAGGACUGCCAGCUGGCGCUCCAGCAAAAGAGUGAAGCCUUUGACCCUCUCUGCCACAUCCCCAUGGUGACGUCUCCAAAGGAGGAGCAGCAGAUCAUCUCAAGCUGUUCCAAGCCUGUGGUGAAACUGCUGCAUAACAGAAGCAACAACAAGUAUUCAUAUACGAGUAAUUCCGAUGACAACUUGCUGAAGAACAUCGAACUCUUUGACAAACUCGCUCUGCGGUUCAACGGGCGGGUGCUCUUCAUCAAAGACGUCCUGGGAGACGAGAUUUGCUGCUGGUCGUUCUACGGGCAGGGCCGCAAGAUCGCUGAAGUCUGUUGCACCUCUAUCGUGUAUGCCACUGAGAAGAAACAGACCAAGGUGGAGUUUCCAGAGGCAAGGAUCUUCGAGGAGACCCUGAACAUCCUGAUCUAUGAGACACCGAGGGUGCCGGAUAAGGCCCUGCUGGAAGCAACAGGUGGGGUGGCAGGUGGAGGUGGAGGCCCCCUCCGCGCAGGUGAUGAUGAAGACGGGCGGGAGCACCGUGUCCGGCGCAUUCAUGUCCGCAGGCAUAUUAUGCACGACGAGCGUCCUCACGGUCACCAGGCUGUUUUCAAGGACUGAGCCUCUCUCGAUCCCAGUGGUGUUGUCACUCCGCCCAUCCAGUGCCAAAGGAGGCCCUAUUUCCUCCUUUUGACCUUUCGCCCCACGGUCUUUUCAAGAGUGUUUGCGACCAUUCUAACCCAUGCCUCUCUUCUCCUUGGCCGUGCCCUUCUCCCUGUGACUUCGCACCCUUCCUGAGCCCCUCGUUGACCUUAUUGUGACAAUUGACACCUUAGUCCAUCUUGUUCUUGACUCACAUGCUCUUUCCAAUUGUUGAUUCCCCCCCCCGCCCUUAAUAUGAGUCUUAAUCUUAAAUGCCUGUCCUUUUUCUCUUGCUGUUUACUCCCCCUGUACGCACCAGUCCUCUUCUUGCCUCAUAACCCUUGAGAGGCCUCUCGAGUCUGGAUAGUGACCCAUUCGUUAUUCAUAAUGUCUUUGGCCCAGAAUAUUGUCCAGUGAGACUAGAGACAGUCUGACUCUUGGGAUCCACAGAAAAGCAUUAAUACAGAAAUAGGGGUCUGUGAUCAAUGUGCACAUACCAGAGGGAACCUACUUCCCAUAUUCCACUUGGAACAUUGACCUCUUCUCCAGUUUCUCGAGGGUCAUCACAGGUAAGCAGCUGCCUAGUCGGAGGCAUUGAGAAUCCUUUUUUUGUAUACCUACUUUGUAUAACCUUCUUAUGCUCUCUGAUUUCUGAUUAACACCCUCAUAAUAGUUUUUGGGGUUUUUUUGAAAUUCUGCCCUCCCCUAAAGGACACACAGUGUUUUUGGUUUUUUGUUCAUCUGUUUUUAACUUAUCGGUUUUUCCUGUAUGGAUGAAGCCACCUGGAUGUAAGAGAAAGGACCUAAAUUGUUCUAGGGAAAGUUGUGAAUUGCAGUCAUCUUUGGGGGGUUUUAACAUCAAAUGGGGCUGGAAUAACUGGGACUGUAAAACUUACCUCAUUUGAAUCUGUCAGCCAAGGAGGCUAAAUCCUCUUUGAAAUCAUCCAGAAAGAAAUCCUCAUGUCGGUACACUCCAGACACAUUCAGUCUUCCCACCAGAGCAGGCCUAACCGGAAGCUUCCAGAAAGCUGUUCUUGACUUGCUGGGUUAAAACAAACGGCUCUGGGUCAAAUAUAUGUUCUCCCUUGACCUCCUGCAGUGGAUGUUGUGCGAGCUGGACCCUGGCUGCCCUCUGCACGUGCCUCUACUGCCUUGUAUAGUACAAGGUACGUCUGGGCUUCGAAAGAGAGAGGAUGCUUUGAACCUAAAGUUUAGUUGGCAUCUUUGGAUCAUUUCCAAACACUGCAACGUGGUCGAACAGUUUGUUCCCACAGUGUAUUGGAAGGCUGGGGCACAAAGUCAUUCUGACCUCCAUUUCCAAACACACCCUGUCGCAUGCUCCUAAUGUUUCACGUGGGGAAUAUUUACUCUCCUGCAACUUACCCCAGGAACGCUUUCUCUCCUCUCUGUUUUCCCUUGGGAAAUAGGAUGUUCCUUCAUGGAAAGAAAAAAAAAACCUUUGGAGAGUUCUAGCUGGCCCUUUAGCCAGUUGCUCCAUUGGAUGGGAAUGGUUUGUUCCACCUAGUGAUGGGUGGGGAGGUGUAGUGAACCAUUGCAUUUCACAAAACUCAAGGCUGUGAAGGUACUUCUGUGGGGAAGAUGGUACUGUCCUUUCCCCUUCCCCUGUUGUUUCCUUCUGUACAUCCUCUCCUCCCUGGAGGAGGUAAUCUUGCAUUAA